UAGAGAAGGUGGCGGCAGUCUCGGCUGUCGCGGCCGGACACAGCUCAGAGCGUAGGAUUGGCAACACACGAAGCUUACCUUUGACCUCUCCCCGUCUGCCUCCGGCCUUGACUUGUGACCCUAGACCUUUUGGGGCUCCUCUGACCCAGCUAGCCAGAGCCCAGACCCAAAGCAUGUUCCCGGUGAAGGUGAAAGUGGAGAAAUCAGAGUUGGAGAUGGCCAAGGCCCGGAACCAACUGGACGCCGUCCUGCAGUGUUUGCUAGAGAAGAGUCACAUGGACAGGGAGCGUCUAGAUGAAGAAACCGGGAAGACCCCCUCAGACACCCACAACAAGGAUUGCUCCAUCAUGGCCACUGGCAAACGGCCAUCUGCCCGCUUCCCUCACCAGCGGAGGAAGAAGAGGAGGGAGAUGGAUGACGGGCUGGCUGAGGGAGGGCCACAGCGAUCCAACGCAUAUGUGAUCAAGCUGUUUGACCGGAGUGUGGAUUUGGCUCAGUUCAGUGAAAACACACCGCUGUACCCAAUCUGCCGAGCCUGGAUGCGCAACAGCCCCUUGGUCCGUGAACAUGAACGCUCACCCAGCUCACCGCUACCCCCACUGCUUGAGGAUGAGGAGGGUUCAGAGGUGACCAACAGCAAGUGUCGUGAUGUGUACAAGUUGCCUCCGCCCACAGCCCCUGGGCCAACUGGAGAUGCCUGCAGGUCCCGAAUUCCAUCCCCAUUGCAGCCUGAGACCCAGGGUACCUCUGAUGACGAGCCCUCUGAGCCUGAGCCCUCACCCUCCACACUCAUCUACCGCAACAUGCAGCGCUGGAAAUGCAUCCGCCAGAGGUGGAAGGAGGCAUCUCAUCGGAACCAGCUUCGUUAUUCAGAAAGCAUGAAGAUCCUACGGGAGAUGUAUGAACGACAGUGAUAUUUCGUAGUCCCUCAAUCCUAAUAAACAUUCCCCUCCACACUG